AUGGACUCGGCAUUGAUCCAAUCCACACUCAACGACCGCUUUGGUCUUGAUGACCUGCGCCCACUCCAGGCGCAGAUCAUUGAUCAGGUCAUGGCAGGGAAUGAUGCGCUCGUUGUUAUGCCUACAGGAUCUGGAAAGUCGCUGUGCUUCCAGCUCCCUGCACUCGCGAUGCAUGAAGAAUGUGGAGGCGAGGGGAUCGGACUCAUCUUUUCGCCGCUGAUCGCGCUGAUGGAAGACCAGGUCCACGCACUCAAGCAGCGAGGGAUCAACGCGGAGUACGUCAACUCCACAGUCCCCAAGAACGAACGCCGAAAGCGAUACAAAAAACUCGCUGACGGCGAGUACGAGCUGUUCUACGCGACUCCGGAACGGAUGACCAAGGACGACUUCCGCGAAGCGCUCGACCAAUGUCCCGGCGGGGUCAACCUCCUCGCAAUCGACGAGUGCCACUGCGUCACCAAGUGGGGACACGACCUGCGUCCCGCGUAUCAGCGGAUCGGUGAGUUCCGCAAGGAGCUCGGGAAUCCCGUCACCAUCGCGCUGACCGCGACAGCGACCAAAGCGGUGCGCCAGGAUGUGCGUGUUGUGGUGGGAACGAGCGAGGACGAGAUGCCGUUGUUCGCGGCUCCUGUGGAUCGACCGAACCUCAAACUCUCGUGCGUCGAGGUCUGGGACGAUGACGACAAGAUCGAGAAGCUCCGCGACACGCUCAAGGAUGUCCGAGGGACUUCGAUCGUCUACUUCACGCUCAUCAAGGACCUCGAUCGGAUGGCGCCGCUGAUCAAGCGUGCGAUGGAUCGUCCCGUCGAGAUCUACCACGGGCGUCUCCCUCCGAGCGAGCGACGCCGCGUGUACAAGCAGUUCAUCAACGCGACUCCGGAUGAGAACCUGCUGCUGUGCGCGACCAACGCGUUCGGGAUGGGGGUGGACAAGUCCGACCUGCGAGCCGUGAUCCAUGCGCAGCUUCCUGGAUCGGUCGAGGCGUACCACCAGGAAGUCGGACGCGCCGGACGCGACGGGCUGGAUUCGAUCUGCAAGAUCCUGUACGCCCAGUCCGACCUGACCAUCCAGCAGGAGUUCAUCCGCUGGCAGAACCCCACCCCCGACCUGAUCAUGCAGACCAUGAGCGCGAUCGAGGCGCGAUUCGCGCACGACGAUUUCGACAGCGACGACCUCCGCAUCCACGUGAUCGGCAAGGGACACGCCCAUGGCUUGGGAGGCGGGAUCAUGGACUACGUCCUCAUCCGACUCGCCGAGCUUGGAGCGAUCGAGCUGACCAAUAUCCAAGGCGAAGAACGGGACCGAGGCCGCUACCGCUAUAUCCGUACCAUCGACGACGACGAGAUCGACGCGGAUGGGAUCGAGGAGAAGCUCAAACGCGAUCUCAUGCGCCUCCUCGAUGUCGUCAAACUCACCAAAGCACCCCAUAUCCCCACGUACGUGAGCGAGUAUUUCGAUCUGAGCACGCUCUGA